AUGUUCCCAUUCACCCCCACUCCGUCUCACUCUCACGUUCUCACGUCCUACGUCCUCACGUCAUACGCCCUCACGUUCUCACUUCCUCACUUCCUCACGUCCUCACGUCCUCACGUUCUCACGCCCUACGUCCUCACGUCAUACGCCCUCACGUCAUACGUCCUCACGUCAUACGUCCUCACGUCCUCACGUUAUCACGUCCUACGUUCUCACGUCCUCACGUCACCACGUUCUCACGUCCUACGUCCUCACGUCAUACAUCCUCACGUCCUCGCGUCAUCACGUCCUGGCGUCAUCACGUCCUCACGUCCUACGUCCUCACGUCCUACGUCCUCACGUCCUACGUCCUCACGUCCUACGUCCUCACGUCCUACGUCCUCACGUCAUACGUCAUCACGUCCUCACGUCAUCACGUCCUACGCCCUCACGUUCUCACGUCCUGCGUUCUCACACCCUCACGUUCUCACACCCUCACGUUCUCACGUUCUCACGUUCUCACGUCCUCACGUUCUCACUUCCUCACGUCUUCAUGUCCUCACGUUCAUUGUUUUUCUUUUUUACAUGUUUUAUCCGCUUCUUUGA